GCGGCGGGGCGGUCCCGCGGUCCCGGCGGUCCCGGCGAUGCUGGCGGCGCGGGGCGCGGGCACUGCGCUCCGCAGGGCGCUGUUGCUCGGAGCGGAGUCCCGCCGCGGCGGCGCGGCCAUGGCGGGGGACAGCGGGCCCGGGACCGGCGCGGGGUCGCUGCGGGGCGGAGCGGCGCUCGGGCGGCCGCAGCACGUGGUGGAUCUGCGCAGCGACACCGUCACACAGCCCGGCGCCGCUAUGCGGAGCGCCAUGGCCCGGGCCGCCGUGGGGGACGACGACUACGGCGAGGACCCCACGGUCAAUGAGCUGCAGCAGCUGGCUGCAAGAAUCUUGGGGAUGGAGGAUGCCCUUUUUGUACCCACAGCCACAAUGGCAAACCUCAUUGCAGUGAUGUGCCACUGCCAGCGCAGAGGGGCUCAGCUGAUGCUGGGUGCCCAGGCCCACCUGCACGUCUAUGAGCACGGCGGGGCUGCACAGGUCGCAGGAGUCCACUCACAGGCACUGCCGGACCUGCCUGACGGUACCUUGGACCUGGAGCAGCUGGAGCUGGCCAUCCGUGAGGCCCAUGGCAGCCGCUACCACCCCCGCCCUGAGCUCAUCUGCCUGGAGAACACGCACAGCUCAGCGGGCGGCCGGGCACUGCCCCUCACCUACCUGCAGCAGGUACGUCUGCUCGCUGAGCGCUACGGGCUGCGGGUGCACAUGGACGGAGCACGGCUGAUGAAUGCGGCGGUGGCACAGGACGUGGAGCCGGCGCGCAUCGCCCAGCACUGCGACUCCGUGUCCCUGUGCUUCUCCAAGGGCCUGGGAGCCCCGGCCGGGGCCGUGCUUGCCGGGCGCCGGGCAUUUGUGGCAGAGGCCUGGCGGGUGCGGAAGCUGCUGGGAGGAGGGAUGCGGCAGGCGGGCGUGCUGGCGGCUGCUGCCCGCAUCGGGUUGGAGCAGGCAGAGGAAACGCUGCGCAGAGACCACGACAAUGCCCGCCGCUUUGCUCAAGGCAUCAAGGAGCUGAACUCGCCUCUCUGCUCUGUCAGCCUGGCGGCUGUAGAGACGAACAUCGUGAUGGUGGAAGUGAAGGGGCUGUCCCCAGCAGAGCUCUGCACAUACCUGCAGGCAGCGAGCGAGGAGGAGCUGGCUGAGACGGGUCACACUGUCAGCGUCCUGCUGUUCCCCUGGUCGGAGCGCACUGUCCGUGCGGUCUGGCACUGUGAUGUCUCAGCCCACGACACCGAGCUCGCUCUGAACAAGCUGGGCUUUGUGGCCAGAAAGUACCAGGAGAAGUUGGCCCAUGGCCAGGGCCCCAGUCCUCGCAGCACAGGAGAGCACUGAGUGGAGACGGGAGCGUUGCCUCCUCCCAGCCCCGUGGGAGGGCCAUCCCUGCAGGGCUGCAGCAGGCAAGCAUGUGGGCUGGGGCAGCUGCUGGCAAAGGGGCUGGGACCUCCCACAGCAUGCUCCAGGCGUGUUCCCAACCAGCUGCAGCACCAUCUCCACCCCUGCAAGCCAGCAUGCAAGCCCAACCCUAGGGAGACCGCAGUUCACAGCUUCCCAAAGGAACACCACACCUCCUGGGGCAAGUUCCUUCCCAGACGUGCCCACAGCUCACACCACCAGCCUGGCCAUGCCAAGACUGCUUCCCAGGCGCCAUCCCAAGCACUCCAGUCCUCAGCCCACAGCAGCUGGGGCUGGCACGGCCCACUCCACAAAGCCAAAGCAGGACAAGCAGCGUCCAGGGCCUCUGGCUCAUGCUGCACAGGGAACAGCAGGGCAGGAAGAGUUCUCUGCAGCCUUCUGUGCUCAGCACAGUUCUUACUGGUCUAGUGAGGCAAUUAGGGUCUAAAUAAACAUUUUUUGGCAAUGCA